AUGAGCGCUGAUCCUCCGCCAUGGGCCGUACUAGACACAAGCGAAAUUCCUCUCACGUUCAGCCCGAACUUUAUGAUCUCAGAGUUCGUGGAAAAGUAUCUGGUUUUCGAAGAUCGCCACAUGCAAGCGCUCUGGGAAUCUCUUCACUUCCUUCCGAUCUCGACCGUCAUGUGCCGCCGAGACCCCAAACUACAUACUUAUCACGAAGGGCGACGUCAACGCCGAAGUAGAGCCGGAGAAGCCUGGACGAGAUAUCUCCGGGUAGUGAUGCAAGUUCUUCGGCUACGCCGAUGCGAUCUCGACAUCUUACUCGACCCCUUCUUCAUGCACCUGCCCAAGUCUCGGAAACCUAAGGAAUGGUAUCCUCGCGUUGAGAAUGACGGAGACACCCUGGCUGACGCCUUGGUGAUAGUCGAUCGCGAAGAUCCAUGGCGCAACCAUUACCGUGACCGACCUGCCGAACAUCCUUCGAUGCAGAUCGCGCGUCUGAGGGACAAGUUUGUGCCCCCGCAAAAUCGUCGUGCCUUCUGA